GUCAUAAUCUGUUGUUGCCACAGUUAAGAUUUCGAAGGACUAACAUAUGAUGGUCUUGGGUUUUGAUAUAGGUAUAGAGCGGGAAAUCAAUGCAUUACAAUUAGAGGAAAAGAAACUUGUUGCUGAGAUUAAGAGAACUGCGAAAACCGGGAAUGAUGCAGCCACGAAAAUUCUUGCACGCCAACUAGUACGGCUUCGACAACAAAUAGCCAACUUACAAGGUAGUCGAGCUCAGAUGAGAGGCAUAGCGACUCACACCCAGGUAAAUUGGUAAAUCAUC